GGUCAAAAUAUGGGCCAGGAGAUAUCCCAACAAGCAAAUCAACAACAACCACACCAACAGCAACAAUCACCCAGCCACAAACGACAGCCACAGCCACAGCCGCAGCCGCAGCCACAAAGGAAGAGUUUCUACAGCAACAACAGCGGCAGCCAGCAGCCCAUCUACGCAGCCACCAGCCACCUAUCCAGCAGCUCCUCCACCAACACCAACACCAACAGCAACACCAACAGCAACACCAACAGCAACACCAACAGCAACACCAACAGUAGUCCAAACUCGAACCUGAACCAGAACUAUCGACUCCGACACAAAUACAAUCUGAGCAAACAGACCUACGAACGGACCAAGAUCCUGGGCGGCACUAGCCAAUCAUCGGACACGGACUCCAACUACGCGAAGCUCAACAACAAGUAUCUGGUGAGGAGCUGCUCGCAGAGCUCGGACAGCGGCAUUUACAACUCGUCCUGCCACUGCUCCUCGGUGUCCUCGCUGUCGGCGGUGAGCAGCAGCAGCUGCAGCAGCAGAAGCACCGCCAGCAGCACCGGCGGCUCAAGCCGGGGCUGUCCCAGCUCGCUGGUCUCGAGCAAGUCGAGCAACCGAUCGCUGGACAAGCAGAAGCACUACCUGAGCCACCACCUGUACAUCAAGUCGUAUCUGGAUAUCCUGGAGGAGGACGAACGGGCGCGCGCACACUUCAAGUCGGCCCGCCCCGGCGGCAUACGCAACUACACGCCAAAGAUACUGGCCAGCGGUGACACGGCCAGCUCCAGCUGCAGCUCCAUCUCCAUCGCCCCAUCGGCGCUGUCCGCGAGUGCGCCGGCCUCAGCUGCGGGCACCGGCUACGGCUACGGGCAGGCGGGCAGGCGAUCGAGCGUUUCCGGCGGCACAACGGGCGCGGGUGCCACCUCAGCGGCCAAGCGUUGCCAGGAAGAUCCCGUCGAUCCCGAGAACAAGGUCCAGGAGCCAUCUGUCAUCCGACGUCAGUAUGAUUUCGUUGUGAUCGGCGGCGGCUCGGCCGGAGCUGUGGUGGCCAAUCGGCUGAGCGAGGUGCGCAACUGGACGGUGCUGCUGCUGGAGGCGGGUGGCGACGAGACCGAGAUAUCGGAUGUGCCGGCCCUGGCCGGGUAUCUGCAGCUGACAGAGCUGGACUGGAAGUACCAGACGACGCCCUCGUCGACGCGCCAGUACUGCCAGGCGAUGAAGGGGGACCGGUGCUUCUGGCCGCGGGGCAAGGUCCUGGGCGGCAGCUCGGUGCUCAACGCGAUGGUCUAUGUGCGGGGCUCGAAGAACGACUACAACCACUGGGCGUCGCUGGGGAAUCCGGGCUGGGACUACGACAGCAUGCUCAAGUACUUCCUCAAGUCGGAGGACGUGCGCAAUCCCUAUCUGGCCAAGACGCCCUACCACGAGACGGGCGGCUACUUGACCGUCCAGGAGGCCCCCUGGCGCACGCCCCUCUCGAUUGCGUUCCUGCAGGCGGGCAUGGAGAUGGGCUACGAGAACCGCGACAUCAACGGGGCCCAGCAGACGGGCUUCAUGCUCACCCAGAGCACCAUCCGGCGGGGGGCGCGCUGCAGCACGGGCAAGGCCUUCAUCCGUCCGGUGCGCCAGCGCAAGAACUUCGACGUCCUGCUCCAUGCGGAGGCCACGCGGCUCCUCUUCGACAAACAGAAGCGGGCCAUCGGCGUCGAGUACAUGCGGGCCGGCCGCAAGCAGUUGGUCUUUGUCCGGCGGGAGGUGGUCGUCAGUGCGGGGGCCCUCAACACGCCCAAGCUGCUGAUGCUCUCCGGCGUGGGGCCCGCGGAGCAUCUGCAGGAGCACAGCAUACCGGUCAUCUCGGACCUGCCCGUGGGCAACAACAUGCAGGAUCAUGUGGGCCUGGGGGGGCUCACCUUUGUGGUGGAUGCCCCGCUGACGGUCACCCGGAAUCGCUUCCAGACCAUACCCGUUUCCAUGGAGUACAUACUGCGUGAGCGCGGCCCGAUGACCUUCUCGGGGGUGGAGGGCGUGGCCUUCCUGAACACCAAGUACCAGGACCCGGGCGUCGACUGGCCGGACGUGCAGUUCCACUUCUGCCCCAGCUCCAUCAACUCGGACGGGGGCGAGCAGAUCCGCAAGAUACUCAAUCUGAGGGAUGGGUUCUACAACACGGUGUACAAGCCCCUGCAGCACAGCGAGACCUGGUCGAUACUGCCCCUCCUGCUGCGGCCCAAGAGCACUGGAUGGGUGCGCCUCAACUCGCGGAAUCCGCAGCAACAGCCCAAGAUCAUACCCAACUACUUUGCCCACCAGGAGGACAUCGAUGUCCUGGUCGAGGGCAUCAAGCUGGCCAUCAAUGUGUCCAAUACGCAGGCCUUCCAGCGCUUCGGCUCGCGGCUGCACAACAUUCCCCUGCCCGGCUGCCGGCACCUGCCCUUCCAGUCGGACGCCUACUGGGCCUGCUGCAUCAAGGAGUUCACCUUCACCAUCUACCAUCCGGCCGGCACCUGUCGGAUGGGCCCCAGCUGGGAUGUCACCGCCGUCGUGGAUCCCCGCCUGCGGGUCUACGGCGUGUCCGGUGUGCGGGUGGUGGACGCCAGCAUUAUGCCCACCAUUGUCAAUGGCAAUCCCAAUGCCCCCGUAAUCGCGAUUGGCGAGAAGGCCUCCGACCUCAUCAAGGAGGACUGGGGUGCCCGGCGGCCCACCAAUCCGCAUCCGUCUCCACCGCCACCAGUGCUGGCCUCCUAGCCGCCCAAAACACCAUCCUCCAUCCCCCAUCCCCCAUCUAUCGCUAAUUUAUGUUUCAACUAGUCAAAUGUGAAUUAAUUAAUUACUACUCAUACUCGUGUGAAUUUCCUGUUACGUUUUGCUCCCUCUUAAUCGCUGUCUAAAUUAUGCAUAGUCUCUUAAGUUAAUUAAUUAGUAUUAGCCAUUUACCAUA